CUUGGAUCAGAACGGACAGUUUAUGCUCGGGACAGAAAGAGAAUUAUUGCAUCGCAUCGUGUUGUCCCUGUAAAGCCGUGUAUCUAAUCCGUCAUCAUGACGGCGCACUCGUUCACAGUACCAAUGAUCAUCUUCACAACCUUCUGGGGCCUAAUCGGUAUCGCAGCCCCUUGGUUCGUCCCGAAGGGCCCUAAUCGGGGGGUCAUCAUUACCAUGCUGGUAACAACUGCAGUCUGCUGCUACGUUUUCUGGCUGGUGGCUAUAUUAGCUCAGUUGAAUCCACUGUUUGGGCCCCAGCUGAAAAAUGACACCAUCUGGUAUGUGCGAUUCCUUUGGGAAUGAAGCAUCCGGAGCUGCAGAUUUAACACAGGUGUGUUGGUCUCCCUUAGACUAUUAUUUUGAAGUAAACAGUUCUCCAAUUCCUGUAUAUGAGCCUCCUAAAAAAAAAAAACGUCCCUUGUCAGCCAAGAUGAAGAUGACACUGAUGCUUGUAACCCAUUUAACCUCUGAAAUUGCCCUUUGUGGAUAUUUAUUUUGCUAGGUGGACUUUGUUCAUAAAAUCAUGACAUUAGAGCUCCCUGAUUAUUGUGAAGUAAGGUCAUUUCUAUCAGGUAUAGUGCAAGUUUGCUCAAUUAUUUCAGCUCUGAAACUUAACUCACUGCUGGGCAGAAUACAGCAGGACAAUGGCAGUUUAACUUGAAUUUUGAGUGUGUGUACUUUUUAUUUAUUGUGAAGCAGUGUAGUUACGUGCUGUAAAAUAAAUUGUUUCCAGUGUAUUCACUG